UGCUACCGCACAGUCUUGUGCGCGUGUGUCAUUAGAGUACGUGCGUGUUGCGUGUGCGCGCGCGCGUGUGCGUGAGGGAGUUCGCCGUGCGGUCGUACGCGUCGCCAGCUCGGACGCCGUGUCUCCGCUUUGCACCGCCGGCAGGCAGCCGCGCUCCUACAUGCGAGUUCACCGCCGCGGCUCCACCAUCGUCGGCCAGCAAUGACCGAGAGCCCCGCGACCAAGCCGGCCGACGGGGAUGCGCGUCCGCGCGUGAAGAACGGACUGAAGCCGGAGAGGAACGGCUCGGUGGUGAAGAGCCUUCGCUGCUGCCAUGAGCGGCAGCCCCAGCGCCACUGCCACCCGGAGGAGGAGGAGGAGGAGAAGGAGGAGAAGGAGGAGGUCCAUGCGGCGGCGGCGCACCACGGCGGCCUGUACAACCGGCCCUUCCUCGAGUCCUUCGAGCAGACGCCCAUGCUCGUGGCGGUGUUCACCUACAUGGGCUACGGCAUCCUGACCAUCUUCGGCUACCUGCGCGACUUCCUCCGCCACUGGAACAUCGAGCGGUGCCACAUCGCCAGGGAGAAGGAGGAGCAGAAGGACUUUGUGCCCCUCUACCAGGACUUUGAGAACUUUUACACCAGAAACCUCUACAUGCGUAUACGGGACAACUGGAACCGGCCCAUAUGCAGCGUCCCGGGGGCCAAAGUGGACGUGAUAGAGCGAACGUCCCGCGACUACAACUGGACUUUUGAUUACACGGGUCGAGUGGUGCCGGAAGUGAUCAACUUGGGCUCGUACAACUACCUGGGCUUCGCUGAGAACACGGGUCCGUGCGCCGCCUCCGCGGCCGAGGUCACCGCGAAGUACGGCGUCGGAGUUGCGAGCACCAGGCAGGAGAUCGGUAACCUGGACGGACACGAGGAGAUGGAGAAACUAGUGGCUAAGUUCCUGGGCGUGGAGUCGGCCAUGGCGUUUGGGAUGGGCUUUGCAACCAACUCCAUGAACAUACCAGCACUCGCUGGCAAGGGCUGUCUGAUUCUGAGUGAUGAAUUAAACCAUGCCUCCCUGGUCCUUGGUGCCAGAAUCUCGGGGUCCACCAUCAGAGUCUUCAAACACAACAAUAUGCAGAACCUUGAGAAACUGCUGAGGGAGGCCAUAGUUCACGGGCAGCCCAGGACUCACAGACCGUGGAAGAAGAUCCUCAUUGUGGUGGAGGGCAUCUACAGCAUGGAGGGCAGUGUAGUGCGCCUGCCAGAGGUGAUUGCCCUGAAGAAGCGCUACCGGGCCUACCUUUACCUAGACGAGGCCCACAGCAUCGGGGCCCUGGGGCCGAGAGGGAGAGGCGUGGUCGACUACUUUGGCCUGGACCCCUGCGAUGUGGAUGUCAUGAUGGGCACUUUCACCAAGAGCUUCGGCGCCGCAGGGGGAUACAUCGCAGGGAAAAGGGAGCUCAUCGAGUACCUGCGCUCCCAUUCGCACAGUGCGGUCUACGCCACCUCCAUGUCUCCUCCUGUGGUGGAGCAAAUCAUCACUUCUAUGAAGUGCAUUAUGGGAGAGGAUGGAACAACGAUCGGCCUCAAGCGUUUGCAACAGCUGGCGGGGAACACGGUCUACUUCCGCAAGAGGCUCCGAGAGAUGGGCUUCAUCAUCUACGGCAACGAGGACUCGCCCGUCGUGCCCAUGAUGCUCUACAUGCCCGCCAAGAUAGGAGCGUUCGGCAGGGAGAUGCUGAAGAGGAACAUCGGGGUGGUGGUCGUGGGCUUCCCCGCUACGCCCAUCAUCGAGUCCCGGGCGCGCUUCUGCAUCUCGGCCGCCCACACGAGAGACUUGCUCGACAGGGCGCUGAGUGUCAUCAGCGAGGUAGGAGACCUUCUUCAGCUCAAGUACUCCCGACACAAAAUCCAGCCGUCGUCGGCGCAGGACCGCCCCGACGACGGCGGCGACGCGUAUGAGGACGUCGAAGACUGACGAGCCGCUCCUCUCCCGAAGUGGCGUAAACCAGAAGUCGCCCAACGGGGUCGAGAUGGAUCACAGGUCUUUCAGGACCGAGAUGUGCGCAGGUGCCUCCUUGCCACUAGCUUUCCAUAAAGUACCCCACCCCCCAGCAACAGAAGAAACACUUCCAACGGUUGCCUUAGCGUGGUGCACACACUGAAAGACAGCACUUACACUUUUACCUUCUCAUUUUGUGUCAAAGACUUUUAGUUAUGUGUGUGUGUGUGUGUGGUUGACAAAUGCCAACCUUCCAAAUGUCUCUGAAAUUGUGACAGUGGCGAUGAUGUCAUUCGGCAAAACUGAGCUGCUCCCCAGAUCAAUGCGACGACGUGUUCGGUGAAGCUGGCGUUCGCCGCCGUCUUUCGGGAUUAAGCCGGUUUUGAUUUCUUUCCUCCUGCCGUCGGAUGAGAAGAUCAGCUGUGAAUCCAGCCGGCGCUAUUUCAACUUGAACUUUAACCCUAAUGGUUUGUUACCCUUAGCUGACCUCUCGUUUCCGCUGCUUCACUUUAUUUCACCAUCACUUGCAUCAGGAUGAUUGUAUGUUUAUUUACUCGACUAACUUGGUGCAUAUUUGUACAGUUUUCACAUCAAAGAUGAAUUUAAUAUCACUCAAUAGUUGUAUUCGAAUGCCAAUAUCUGCUGAGUAGACAGUCCGGUGUAUCGGUGUGAGCUGGGUCGGUUGAGCCACUCCAAGAAGUGAGACGCAUAGGAAUCCCAUUUGAAUCCAGUCUGGAUGUGAUUUCAGAACUAGUUGUUAUACGCCUCAGUAAUAAUGUUAGAAUGCCUCUUUGCGCUGUGACUUUAAAGCCAUUCCGACUCAUGUGUCUGUAGGUGCUCUUGCUUGCAUGGUUUCGGGUAUUAUUGUGUGUCCCUGCACUUUUACACUGCUUCAUAUUUAUUUAUCUCACACUCCCGUCUUUCAAACUCUUUCCCUUGUUGCCGCUGAGUUUUGGAAUAACGACAUUCGUAAAUGAAGGCAGCCGUCGAAAGAGAAAACAAAGAAGACUCUCUCCACACACAAUACAUUCCCACUCCGACAAGCAUUGAGUAACCACUCGUUCCUAAUGCUAAUGUGUGUACAGUAAGAAUGAGUAAUUGAAGUUGCUCAGCACCACAGCCAGUGGUGAUCAAUGAAAUGCACACACUGUUCUGCUCAAUGUGACUUCUUAUUUUUUUAUGUUUUCAUAAAAAUCCACUUCGUUCUUGGCUCUAUAGGAAGGGUCUUUUUUUUAAUUUCAACCUAGUAGGUGUUUAUCUGUCACUGUAAAACGGGAGGUUCGUGUGUUUUAGUUUUCAUCCUAUAGAAAACGAAUUAAAAUCUGUAUCCACAGAAGAUUGUCGGCUUCACGACGUUACACUUAUAGAUGCAGUGUCUUUUUUUGAAAUGUAUUUUUAAGUUUGCACACAGGAAAGUCAUGAAAUGAUACUGCAAGCAGGCUAUUAUAGCACAUUUUGAUAUGAAAAUAGAAACACGUAAACCCCCCACUCAACACCUUCCUUGUUGCAGAUGCAAUGAGGCCAUUCCUAAUAUGAAUUAGAGCCUAGUGCUUUCAGAAUGAUCAAACUUUAAGUAAACCCGUUGCACAGGAACACCUGUAAGGUCCGUUUAGCCCUAAUAUUUUGUACGAAGGUUCUUCUGUCUCAUUGAAAAAGGAACUAUUCAUAAUAUUGUUAUAUUUUGCUAUCGAACGAUGGUUAUCUUCAUUACUGGCAGCUUUUGUUUGACAGCACUCGAGUGCACCAUUUAUAGAGGCAAUUAUUUCAAUGGUUUAGUGACCACACACACCAGAGACGAUUCUUUUCUGAUAUAGUGCCUUUUUUUUAAGCAAAAUAUUUUCUAAGAAUUCCGGGUACAGCCCGUGUCGUGACUUGGAUCGUCCAUCUUUCGUCUGGUUUGACUUCUUCCACCGCUCUGUCUUCAACGAUGCUUUUAAUUAGCGCUGGGUGUGUCCUCUGUAUUGACUAAUCCCCGCACGUUUGAUCGUAGAAAAUCCACAUUGCAUUGCGUCUGCCACGUGUCCGGAAGUGAUUCAUAUGUAAAAUGUCACCCAUGUCGAUAUUAGUAGAUUGUUAAAAGCAAUAAUAAAAACAAAGCGGAUUUGAAUUGC